UCUCGAGCGCCGCGUUCUCUGAAACUGGUACAUGACAGCUGCGGUUUGAAAGAAGGACGGGCGUUGCUAAUGAAAUCUGGACAAACAAAAGCCGGUGCACAGAUUAACGUCGUGCAGGUGCGGGUGUGUAAAAUAAGAAAACAGAAUGGUCCCUGCACCCCAGCCCCCUGCCUUUAACACAGCAGGUCAACACAAGGAGUUUAGUGAAAAAGGACACAUGUCACAAGCGCCAUCUGAAGUGGAGAAUGAAGUGGACAUAUUCCAGGCUGCGAAAACUGGGAAUCUCAACGCAUGUUGGAAAAUAGUUGAAGCUGAGGGAACCACGGUUUUGAGACUGUUUGAUAACAAAGGACACACUCCAGUUCAUUGGGCAGCCCUCAUUGGGUCUGUUGAACUCAUCAAGUACUUCAUAAACUGUAACGUUGAUGUGAAUCGCCAAAGUAAUUCUGAAUAUUUGCAAAGACCCAUCCACUGGGCAGCAGUGAAUGGGCACAUUUCUGUUGUGGAUUUGUUGCAUGAGACCGGGGUAUCCCUUGAUGUAACAGAUAAAAGAGGGUGUACUCCAUUGAUACUAGCUUCCCAAUAUGGACACACUGAACUUUGCUGCUAUCUCAUUGGAAAGGGAGCUCAGUUGUACAGUUGUGACAAUGAAGGUGACAAUGCACUACACUGGGCAGCCUUUAAAGGUUACUGUGAACUAACACGUUUGCUGAUCUACUCAGGUUUCAGUCCACAGCAAGCUGACAUUGUUGGGCAGACUCCUUUACAUCUUGCUGUUCUAAGUGGAGACCUAUUGACUGUUCAGCUGCUUUGUGAACAGGAUUGUGUUGAAAUAGAAAUCCCAGAUAAGAAUGGAAAUACACCAUUGAUGCUCUCCAAAGGUCGAAAAUCUAAAGAGAUAACACUGUACUUAGAAAAUGCUAUUUCUCAAUUUAGAAAUCAAACUCCAAAAUGUGAUUUGAGUACAUUAGUAUUUGGCCCUCCUGGGAAAUCAAAGGGUCCAAUCCUUUUCUUCUUUGCAUGCCUGCUCCUAUGGGGAUAUCCUACUUAUUUCACAAAGAUUAUUUCAGUCUCCUUUAACAAGCUUUGGGAGUUUCAUGUGGCCUUCCUGCUCAGCAAUGUAUUGAUGUGGUUUCUUUUCCUAAAAGCUUCAUUGAUGGAUCCAGGGUUUCUUUCUAGAGACAGUAAUGAAUAUGAUGAAACUAUUAGACAGGCUGUAUUUUAUGAGGAUUGGAAGAAUAGGAAGAGUUUGUUGCAUCGACUGUGCCAUACCUGUCGCCUGGUAAAGCCCCUUCGUUCUAAACAUUGUCGGAUUACAAACCGCUGUGUAAAAGAUUUUGAUCACUAUUGUCCUUAUGUUUACAACUCAGUGGGGUACAAUAACAGGGUUUACUUCUUAGGGUUCUUGGCUUCCAUGUGCUUUAAUUGUUUCCUUGGAACAUACUUGUGCAUUGAUUGGUUUUAUAUAAUGGGUCGAAGCAUUUUUAUUGGAAUUGGAUUCAUCUUCCUUGCAUUUAUUGGUGUUAUUACUGGAAUAAUGUCAGGCACAUAUCUUUUCAUGGCAGCAAAGAACUUGACAACCAAUGAGCACAUUAAUCAGAAGAAGUAUUUCUACCUCAAGGAUGAAGAGGGUCAGUUCAGCAAUCAAUUUGACAGAGGGAUUUUAUUGAACCUUCUUGAGUUUUUUCAUCUUGAAGAACUGCUAAGAUAUAAAAUAAGGAAUAUAAGACAGCUGAAAAUAGUAUAAACAUUAAAUAUUACAUAUGUAAUUUUUCAUCAGACAGCUCUCCAUUACAGUUGUGAUUUUAUCAGGAGAUAACUUGAAUUAUUAAGAAGAAAGCUACCUGGCAAAAAAAUUUCCUAAAUCAGGUGUUAAGACAUUGAUUGCAUUUUGCACUAAAGCAGAAGGGCUUUAUUAUAUACUUAUAUUUCGUAAUGCACUAUGUAAAUAUUGUAAGGAGGCAUGUUUGAAUAGCUGCUUUUUCUGAUUUGUAAUUUUUACAAUGAUAAGUAUGUGCAUAAAAAUUGAAAGUCUUCUUAGUUAGUCUUUAAUAAUGAAAACAAUGGCAGAGCCAUGUGAUGUAUUUCACUUCUUUCCUGGAAGGUUUUUAUUUUGUAUUUUAAAACUUCAGUAAUUUAAACUGUCAAAAUCGGGGUUUAAAACAGUUUUUAGCUAAACGAACAAACUAGAUAUUCCAUGAACACCUAAUGUAAAAGAAGCAAAGUGCCAUUUUAAUUUGCCUAUUCUCAGCAUUUUUGGACAAUGUCAUGCUACUGUAACUUGUAAAGAAAAAAAAGUGAACAUUUGACAGUAUGCUUGCACUCUAGAGAACUUACUUCCUGCAACAUUCAUCUACUGAAUGCACAGAUUCCUUAAACACAUGGUGCUAUUUAUUCUGUACCAUUAGAAGCCUUGCAUAUCUGAAUUAUUCAAAAGAGAUUAAUUACUAAAUGGUUGUUAUUCAUUGAUUUUUCCUGGGAUACUGGAUAUUUUUUGUGAUUAGCACUGCAGUCUUCUAUCUGGUUCAUAUCCGUGAAGGAUUUUUUUUUUAUUUCUGUCUUGAUGUGGGUUUCCUUGGGGUACUCCCAUUCCACACACACCCCCUCCCCAAACCCACUUUACUUACAUUGUAAAGGUUAUUUUAAAUGGCGACUCUAAAUUGGUCUCUGUGUGAGUCUGUGUGAGUGAAUUUGGGUGUAUGUGUGGGCCCUACAGUGGACUAAUACUUUCUGUCCAGAAUUGUUUCCGGCCUUGCACCCAGUGCCACUGAAGCCGGUUUUGGUCUCAUACAAUUUGAAUUAUAUAUAUUCGUGUGCAUGAUUGUUUUCAUGAUCAAUAUUUUGUCCUUUAAAAACAAUAAUAACUUUGAUAUUUUUGUAAAAGAAAACACUAAGUAAA